CAUAUUAAUUUUUUGCAUCUUUGGUUAGAUCGUAAACUAAAAUAAUAGCGUGCUUCUCUUUUAGGUUCUCUAAAAGUGUAAACAGUUUGUGAAUAAAUGCUGUGUAAUGUUAGUGGGGUUUGUUUUUUGCCCUAAUAUUUGUUAUAGUUAAAUUAAACGCAUCUCAGUCGUAUUGCGUGUUCUGUGCUACUUCCUGCAUCAAAUUUUAGAAAGUUUCAUUUGUACAUAGUUUAAGCUGUAUAUACAGUAAAAAUGACGUCUUCGGAAGUAUCGUACAAUAGGAAAAUAAUAUCAGAGGACCUGUCGAACGUGGAGUUCGACACCAGCGAAGAUGUCGAAGUUAUCCCCACAUUCGAUUCCAUGGGCUUGCGUGACGAACUGCUGCGCGGUAUUUACACCUAUGGUUUUGAGAAACCGUCAGCAAUUCAGCAAAGAAGUAUUCUACCGAUUGUGAAAGGUCGCGAUGUCAUCGCUCAAGCACAGUCUGGUACCGGAAAAACUGCUACAUUCUCUAUUUCUAUUCUGCAAUCCCUCGACACAACUCUACGUGAAACCCAAGUACUGGUGUUGUCUCCAACAAGAGAGUUGGCAACACAAAUCCAAAAGGUUAUUUUGGCACUUGGUGAUUUUAUGAAUGUACAAUGCCACGCUUGCAUCGGUGGCACCAAUCUUGGUGAGGAUAUAAGGAAACUUGAUUAUGGACAGCAUGUUGUCUCUGGAACUCCUGGCAGAGUGUUUGAUAUGAUCAGACGGCGUGUACUUCGUACCAGAUCCAUUAAGAUGCUAGUUCUUGAUGAGGCCGAUGAGAUGUUGAACAAAGGUUUUAAAGAACAGAUCUAUGAUGUCUACCGUUACCUUCCGCCUGCAACUCAAGUGGUACUAAUCUCUGCUACGCUCCCUCAUGAAAUUCUUGAGAUGACAUCCAAAUUUAUGACAGACCCCAUAAGGAUUUUGGUAAAGCGUGAUGAGUUGACACUGGAAGGAAUUAAGCAAUUCUUUGUGGCAGUGGAAAGGGAGGAAUGGAAGUUUGACACACUGUGUGACCUGUAUGACACUCUCACAAUCACCCAGGCCGUUAUCUUCUGUAACACUAAGAGGAAGGUGGACUGGCUGACCCAGAAGAUGCAGGAGGCCAACUUCACAGUCAGCUCUAUGCACGGAGACAUGCCACAGAAAGAAAGAGAUAAUAUCAUGAAGGAGUUCAGAUCUGGACAAAGUCGUGUACUUAUAACAACAGACGUAUGGGCCCGAGGUAUUGAUGUGCAACAAGUUUCCCUGGUCAUCAACUACGACCUCCCCAACAACCGUGAGUUGUACAUCCAUAGGAUCGGCAGAUCUGGUCGUUUUGGACGCAAGGGUGUGGCCAUCAACUUCGUCAAAUCCGAUGACAUCAGAAUCCUGAGAGAUAUUGAACAAUAUUAUUCCACACAAAUAGACGAGAUGCCAAUGAAUGUUGCUGAUUUAAUAUAAUUCAGAAUUUUAUAUUUUAAGAACUUAUAUAAGUAACAUAAAACUUUGACACACUCUCACAUGUCUGCUAGACUUUAAUAUUUUCUAGUAAAUAAAUUACUCUAAACUA